AUGAAGGCUUCCAGUAUCAUAGCAGCGGUAUUUCCGCAACUGUCGUUUGCCGCUGCAGUCUUGGCGCGCAACUCCACAGCAUGCACCGAUCCGGCUGUACGUGUAGAAUGGAGGACACUGACAACUGUCGAGAGGGCCGAGUACAUUACCGCUGUUAAAUGCCUUGCAACAAAGCCGUCUAUUCUAGGCCUUAACUCAACCCUAUACGACGAUUUCCCAUGGGUUCACUCACAGUUGAAUUUGGACAUCCACUUUGUCGCUCAGUUCCUGCCGUGGCAUCGUGUGUUUCUACAACAGUACGAGAACGCUCUGCGUUCGGCCUGUGGUUUCAGUGGGCUCAUGCCGUACUGGGAUUGGACGCAGGACGCCUACCGUUUACCAUACUCACCACUUCUGGAUCCAUCGCCAAAUGCGACUGCUUUUUCCUUCGGCGGCAAUGGAGCCGGUGAGUGCGGGUUCGUGCCACCAACGCGCCCCAACCCCCUUCUAUGCUGCAUAACGUCCGGUCCUUUCGUCGACCUGCGACCAAAGUAUUUCAACAACUACGAACAGCCACAUUGCUUGAACCGAUUCUUCAGCAAUGUUACGCAAAAUGACGGAUGGAACGGCCAAGCAUACGCGCCAGAGAUGAUAGCAAACAUCACUGCCAACAACACCAAGUUUGAAACCUUUUGGCAAGCACUUGAGAGUACUCCACACGGCGCAGUUCACGGAUCGCUCGGAGGUGACAUGGUUCCUCAAACUUCUCCCAACGACCCUUUGUUCUUCAUGCAUCAUGCUCAGGUGGAUAGACUGUGGUGGCUCUGGCAGCAGGCCGACCCCACAGCACGGAUCCUUGACUACAGUGGUAACAAGUUUGCGGCAUAUACGGGCGAUGAUACUCGUGCAUCUUUGGAUGACAUCAUGACUUUCAAGGGUUUAAACCCAAACAUAACAGUUCAAAGUGCAAUGAGCACUGACAGUAGUGAUCUGUGCUAUCGGUAUGCCUAG